CGGUGGACGUCUUGAGUAGCACAAGGACCAUCUCAUCGUCGAUAUCGUCGCGUUUUAAAUAGCUGGCAACCUCUUUUCGUUAACUAGCGCGUUAUGGAUCGUGUGCGGCAAACAAUACGCGUCGCGCUUUUCGCUGCGAUGCUAGUCGCGGUGCUGGACGUCUCCUUAGGAGACUCGCGGAUACCCUUGACGUGCAAGAACAUCGCCAGGGAUGCCAUCAUCAACAGCUGCAAGGGGCCCAGGAGCAAACGAUCCGUUCAGGAGCAAAGACCGUUGGUCCGAACGUUGACCAUAGAUGGGUUAGAUUCGCCAGCGGAGCCUGCCACCACUCAAAAGAAGCGGCAAUGGAGAACUGAGAUACUGCCAACUGGAAUGAUAGGACCGAUGGGGCAGUUGGGACCGAUGGGGUCGAUGGGGCCGAUGGGAUCGAUGGGACCGUACUCUAUUGGAGCAACGGACAACACCUACCACAACAUGGGAUUCAGUUCUCCAGGCCUGCAGAUCCAAACUGACGAGGGCGCCAGUAUGACGAGUCAGAUGAUGGGUCCAACGACUAGUUUCGCACCCUUUCCCGGAAGAUAUAGAUAUUCUCUAAGCUUCGAAGACCUCGAAGAGCUUCACGAGGAGGUCGGCGAGAGGUUCGUGAGGAAUUCCAAGGAUUUGAACAAGAAAAUAUUUCUGAAAGUUGCUGCGAAGUGUUGUCCAAACGUGAAGCUGUGCAUGGACGAUCCGAGCCAAGUCCCGUGCAUGGGAUUUCCCUGACGGGGCACGCGAACGUCGCUGUCGAGUUUCGAACGAAAACCGCAGCCAAUAUCUAAAGCUUUAAUAUCUAAACUUUUUAGAGAAUGGGUCUUCCAUCGCUAGUACUUAAAUAUUCGAGCGUGUUUGAAGAAUCCUCGAAGAAAUAAAGGACACAUUGCAUCCACGCACUUACCCUGACAUCCCGCAAAAAUUUCGUUAGAGAUAACUAAAUAAAAUUGGAUUACGACAGCGCUGGACGUUAUUCCAGCAAAUUUUUAUUCGAAUAGCGUACGAAUUAACGUUACCCGACUCAGUCGCAAUUCGGGCCAAAUUAACAGCUCGAGGCUUAUUGUUAGAUAGAUAAACAUUCGAAAAAUAGCUCACGCUCUCAUUCUUUGUUUACACGAAAUUGAUCCAAUAUCUGUUUACAACGCGAUUAAUGAAUAUUGCUCGUUCAGCCUUGAUAAUUUCUCCGGCAUCGUAAACGUAAACACUUCUUCGAAUUUCCCCAGGAACUCGUGCGAUGUUAGCAAUAAUCAUUUUCGUUUUCAAACAAGCUGAUACAAUUAUCUGUGACGUUGCAGUUUGUCUAAAAUAGUAAGAAAUAUUAAAAAGAUAGUGGUCCGAUGCGAAACUACAGAAAAGGAAAAUAGAAAAUGGCAGACAAAAUACAACUUGUCAAGGAACAAAUAGAAGAAAGUCAUUUCCACGAAAUACAAUUAAAUCACGGAGAAAACAUUUUUUUUAAAAACAGAUCCGUACAUAAGGCGAUCGAAGUGUUUUAAUAUUCUUCGAGUAAAUUUGCUCGAGCAUCCCGGGGGGCAAACAUUGAUCCAAAAAAUGUGAACAUGCCUCGCGCGCACUCUAGCGGGGCCCGCGGAAGUCCACGUCGACGGUAGCGCCGUCUAUGUUCUAUCCCCACCACUUACGCACGUAAACUAACCUAUAUUGUACAUGUGAAUAGGAUGGUAUCGGGAAAAUGAAACGCUACGGACUCUAUUCGUCUCCUUCUCUAUAUAUACAAAGUUUAUCUGCUACUAAAUAUUUAUUAACAGACUUCUUUCAAAGCGGGAGUUGUCAAAACGUGCGAUUGCAAAGUAUACAUGUACCCGCCCACAAAAGGGAUGAAAAGGACGAAAUAUAAUAUUAAACUCGAGUCGGCUGGGCGAUGUAAGAACGAAAGUUGUAUAUGUGUAAAAGGAGACGAAUAGAGUCAGUGCCGUUUUAUUUUCCCGAAGCUGUCCGAUUUACGUUUCUAUAUUUCAAUCCACGUUGUCGUGGAUUAAAACAUAGGCGGCGCCACAGUCGGCGCGGGCCUAAUCUGGCUUCUCUGGCCUCGAAUCAUCUACAAGCCCAAACGGCAUCAUCUUCAUCUGAAAGUGCACUUGCACGUACCGCCAGAGACGAUGUCCCGUAGUGGGUUUGCUACUAUCAUCCAAUUUACAAGCGAACCGUGUGCAGCGGUUAAUGGCUGUCAGUGUAAUGGGCUACUUGUAAGUAGCGAUGGGCUCGAAGCGUCCAGCCCACGCGAGCAUAAAUAGAGAAUUCAAGUAUCGAAUAAGAAAAGAACCGAGCGGACUUUAAAUAGAAACAUUUAUUCGAAAUGAAUUUAUUCGACGAAUGAAGAUACUUUCGACGAUGAAUUUUUUUGAUUGAUUUCAGUUUCGAUUGAGAAAAUUGAGGAUACGUUCGAAUCGAAAUAGAUACGGUUGUCUAUUAAUGAUUUUAUGUAUACCGAUAUGUAUUAUAUUUUGAUAUGGCAGCGAUGGAUGUUCGACAUGAAAAUCAACAUUUCAAGUAGCAACAGAUCCGAAGUGCUCGUCACGAAAUACUUCAAUAAACAGCGAAUUCUCCUAGA